UAUGGCGUUCCAGAAGACGAGGCGAACACUGCAGCUGAUGUGCUUAUUGAGGCUGAUAAGCGUGGAAUCAGCAGCCAUGGCAUCGGGCGUCUCAAACCGAUCUAUUGUGAUCGCCUGGACGACGGGAUCUUGAGGUCCACUGCCCCUCUCACGAUUAUCAAGGACAACGAUGCGACGGCCAUUGUUGAUGGAAACAACGGCUUGGGAUUGACUAUUGGUCCGGCUUGCAUGAAGAUGGCAAUUGACAAAGCAAAGAAGCACGGAAUCGGUUGUGUCAUCGUUCAAAAUUCUACCCAUUAUGGCAUUGCUGGAUACUACGCUACCAUGGCCACUCAAGCUGGAUGCGUGGGAUUCUCUACUACAAACGCAAGACCUUCCAUUGCCCCGACCUUCGGCGUCGAGGGAAUGAUGGGCACCAACCCUCUGUGCUUUGGAAUUCCGACUGAUGAAGAAUUUCCCUUUGUGAUUGACUGCGCCACCUCGGUCAAUCAGAGAGGCAAGAUUGAGAGGUACGGCCGAGAGGGCAAGCCCACCCCGCGCGGGCAGGUGAUCGACCUCGACGGAAACGAGCGAACCGACACAGAGGGAAUUCUCCAAGACCUUGUCAAAGGCAGAGCAGCGCUGUGCCCUGUCGGAGGAGCUGGAGAUGAGAUGGGAGGCUAUAAGGGAUAUGGAUGGGCCGCUACAGUCGAGCUUCUCUGCACGGCUUUCCAGAGCGGGCCGUUCGGAGAGGAACUCGCUGGUGUUGACCGCAAGACCGGAGCGAAGAAGCCCAUGCCUCUCGGCCACAUCUUCUUGGCCAUCGACAUAGAGUCCAUGUGCGACCUCCCGACGUUCAAGAAGAACGCUGGUAACUUCCUACGUGCCGUGCGAUCGUCCAAGAAGGAUCCCAAGGGGCCCGGCCGCAUCUGGACCGCCGGUGAGCCAGAGCACUGCGCUAGGACCGAGAAGAUGGCGGCAGGGGGCUUCUUCAUCCCCCCAGCCCUUCAGAAGGGUGAGUGCGAGCUGCUGCACACGAGGAUGAGGAGCCUGGGACUGACGACUAACAUGUAG